UCAAAAAAAUUUUCAUUUUUUAAUUUUUUUUUCAAAUUUAUCGAUUGCUAAAAUCUUUGUGUAAUUUAAUAACAUUAUCUAUUCUAUAUAAUUUGAUGUAGAAUAUUAUAAGCUUUCUAAUGGUAUAUUUGCUAAUUUUUUGACAUUUGUUUCUACAGAAAAAUCGUAAUUUAAAAAUUGGUAUGUUUUUGGGCCAUGCGCGUGCAGACGUACCAAUGAUUUCCGACAGUAGUGCAGUGACGAAAAAAAUGCAUAAAUUGAGGAUAAAUUUAUUUUAAUUUUUUUAACUACUUUUGGUCCAUAGAUAAUUUUUUUCUCAAAAAACUAUGAAGUUAAAAGAAAAAGUAGAAAAAAAAUUUUCCUGAAAAAAGAAAUUUUAGUCAAGAAAAAAAAGAUUUACAUAUCUUAUUAUCAAAUUUCACUUCCUGGUUUUUUUUCGGAUGGAAAAAACAUUUUUUCAGAAAUUUUCCUGUUUUGAGAGAGAAAGAGUGAGAGAGAGAGAGAGAAAUGUGUAAAAAUACCGGACAAUGAAUUCUCUGUAAUUCAAUAUAUAAUACAGAAAAAACCUGUUUUUUUCAUAAUAUUUACAUUACUAAUAUAAUACUAGUUGUAAUUAUCGGUGCAAUUUGACUUUGUAAUUAUUUAUAUAAGAAGGAAGGAAGAAGAAAUAAGAAAAAGGAGAAGAAGAAGCCUUUUCCAGCUUGCGCAAAGGCUAAAAACAACUCUUGAAUAGUUGUAUUGGCAACCAUUCAACGUUCGUAAACUGCAAGUGACACUUGAUAAGAUUUUGUCGACACAUGACACACUUCAAUAAAAUCGAAAUCCCAUGCAAUAUAAAUUUUUACAAUUUCCUGAUAGAAAAUUAUAUUCAGUCUAUUUCUAUUUCUCUAAAACACAACACACAAUAUGCCUGAUAUACAAAUAGAAAACGCUAAUUUUUGAAGGAAAACGAAAAAUAGAAAAAUUAAAUUCUCUCAAAUUAUGGAAUUCAUAAAUGUAUUAAAUUUUCAAAAAAAUGUUCCAUUUAAAUUUAAAGUCAAAAAUCGGAAAAAUAGCGUUAAUAUUAAUUUGUGUUACAAGUACGCUGCUGCUAUUAGUGCAUCCACAACAGUAGCCGGAUAUGGAAUGAUAAUAUCCUGGACAUCACCAGCACUACCGCAUCUUACAAACUCCACAUUAUCAUCAUUCCCAGUAACGGAAAUGGAAGCAGCAUGGAUCGCCUCACUUCUAAGUUUUGGAAUAAUUACCGGCUAUAUAUUAAAUCCGUUUCUAAUCGAUACAAUUGGAUCAAAACGAACCCUUCUAUUGCUGGCUCUACCACAAUUGCUAUCAUGUCUUCUCAUUUACUUUGGGCAGAAUUGGAUUGUCCUUUGUUUGGCCAGAAUUAUCGGUGGUAUUGGCUAUGGCGGUGGUUUAUGCUCGUCGGCAAUUUACGUAUCACAAAUUGGCGAUGAAAAUAAUCGUGGAUUUUUCUUGACAUUUGUUAAAAUGUUCUUUAAUAUCGGUGUAUUUGUGACUAUGAUUUUUGGUGCAUUUCUCACUUAUGAUGUAAUGAAUCUUGCUAUUUUUGGAAUUCCUCUCUUUUUUUUGCUUACGUUUCUCUUUAUGCCGGAUACGGAUCAAUUCACUGAGAAAGGUGAAUACGUACAGGAAAAAUUGACGGACAAUGAUGGUGAUGAGAGGCAAAUUGAUAGUGAUUGUACUUUUGGAAUUGGGAAUUGUUUCAGGGGGGAUUUAAAGGAUGAUGUGAAGUUUGGUGGUGUUCUUGGUGAUGCAAAUGGUGGUGCUAAAAAUUCAAAUAAUGUUGCUGCAAAUUUAGAAGCUGGUGCUGCAAGUGCAAAUGAUUGUGGUAAAAAUUCUACAGAUGCUGAUACAAUAGUAGAUGGUGCUAAACAUCCAAACAGUUUUGCUAAAACUUCAGGAGCUGCUGCAAAAAGUACAAAUUCUGAAGAUUUUACUACAAAUGUUGAUGGUGUUGUCAAAAAUUCUGUCGAUCAAAAACCUAUCAGUAUUAGUCAAAAUUCAAACAGUAUUUACCAAAGUCCAAAUAGUAUUUGCCUAAAUCCAAACAAUGUUGACCAAAAUCAGAAUAGUUUUGCUCAAAACGUUUGCCAACAUAAAAACAGUAUUAUUCAAAAUUCAGAUGUUGUGGAAAAUUCCGUUGCUGACGAAAAUUCAAAAGUCAUUAUCAAAAAUUCAGAAACUAUUAGCAAAAAUCAAAAUGCUACUUCAGAUGCAGAAAAAGCGAACAUCUUCAAACCUCCGCUAAAUCCUUUCGAAACCGGAAUCAGCUUAAUUGAAAACGGAAAUACCGAAAGUUAUUACAAAAACCCUCAACAGAUUAAACCGAUCGAAACCAAAAAUACAAAGGCCAACCUAAAAUCACAAAAAAGCAACUGGCACAAACUAUUCUUCCAAAAAAAUAAUCGUCGUGCUCUAAUAAUCAUAAUCAGCGCAUCACUAACCGAAAUUCUAUCAGGCCACAUGGCGAUUGUCUCAUUUGCGCAACAAAUUUUCGAAUACAGCAGCACAUUUCUAAGAGCCGAAUACGCAGCCCUAAUUCUAUCGGGCCUCAAAAUUGGUGCCUCAUUUUUCUCAACCCUUGUCGUGGAAAAAUUUGAAAGAAGACAAAUUUUUCUAAUCACUGGACUCUUGGCUAGUUUAUCACAAUUUACAGUUGGUGUAUUCUUUUUUCUCAAAUUUUACAUGAAAAUUGAUGUAUCAUCAUUAACGUGGCUACCGUUAGUUGGCGUUUCAGCUUAUGAAGUUGUCGGUAGUAUUGGUAUGAGUAGUUUAUAUUAUGUUUAUCAGGGUGAACUUUUUUCAAAUGAAAUAAAAGGACAAGGUGUUACUUGUACAAAUAUAUCGUAUGAAAUUAUUACAUUUUUAGUGAAAUUAAAUUUUCAAUUGGUUAUUGAUGCUGUUGGUAUUUAUACGGUAUUUUGGAUGUUUAGUGUUUGUUGUGCAAUUGGAUCGUGUGCUACUUAUUGGAUAACACCGGAAACCAAAGGCAAGAGUAGACGUGAAAUUCAAAAACUUUUAGGUGACAAGUCUGACGAUUUUACAUGAGAUUUUUCUUUAAUGUGAUUUUUUAUUUUUAAUAAUUAAUACUUUUUUAAAAUUAUUUUACUA